AUGUAUUCUAAUAGUUCAAAGGGUGAAAAGCCCAAGAAGAGAAUACGGGUGGCUUGUGAUAGUUGCCGGCGUAAAAAGAUUAAAUGUGAUGGCCAGUAUCCGUGUGGAAAUUGUCAACAAUCGAAUGGGUCAGGAUGCAAUUAUAAGGAAAGACAAGAAAAAAGAACUAAAUCCCCGAAGAUCUCUAAGAAUGUGUCCAACUCCAAGACGAUAGAGAUUCUCAAUACGAGAUUAUCAAAGCUUGAAGAUGUUAUCUUAAACCUUGCGGAAAAGCUUGAUCCAAGAAGUGGGAAUAUAACGAAGCCUCAUGCCAAACGAGAAACAAGCGAAAGGGAAGAAUAUGAAGACGAGAAAGAUGAAGAAGACGAAGCAGAUGACGACGAUUUAACUUCCAUUGAAGACGGCAAUGAAGAAUUGACUACUGAAGGCGAUGAAGGGGAACAAGGGCGUAACUCAGAUAAUAAGGAUAGGGACACGAGUAAUAAGAAAUGGAACUACACCCCCCAGCGAUUAGAGCAGUUUUUUGGUACUCAUUCAGUUGUAUGCCUUUUUUCAGAUAAAAGCUUAGGUUGGAUCGAAAGUGCUUUGGGACCGGAAGACUCGCGCUUAAUUAAUCCGAUCCGAAACCUACCAUUUGUAUUUUAUAUGAAGUCGAAAUCAUUCAUACUGAAAUGGGUUGAUCCCCCUUUAAUUGAUAUUGCAAAGAAAAAGAAACUAUUGGAAGCUCCAUUUCCUAAAGAUUAUCGCUUAGUAUUUGAUUUAUUAGAUAAUUAUUAUGAUCUUUAUGCUGCAACGAAUUACAUAUGUGAUAUCGAUUGGGUAAGAAGUCUAUUUGAGAUAUAUUAUGGAAUCGAUGGAAAGAAACGUAGAAAGUUCAAAUGUUCUGAAUUAAUAAUCAUGAGUAUGGUAAUUUGUUUAUGUAUAUCUAGUAAAAUCGAUGAAGACACUUCAGGUCUGAAUAUGUCUCCUGCUUCAAGCUGUUCAGCUAAUACCCCGAAAAGCAUUCAGUCCAUGAACAAUGACCAAUUUACGGUGCUCCAGGAGGAGCUAUUUGAUAACUGUGUAUUUUAUUAUCAUAGAAUUCUGGUUAUAAAUGACGGUAUAGAAACGAUUCAGGCGAUCAUUUUAUUAGUCACUUAUAUUGAAUCCAGUUACAUCUUGUCUCAUGUGAGUUAUAUGCUUAUUUCUGUUGCUAUCAGGUUUGCACAAGAAAUUGGAAUACAUCGUCAAGAAUCAUAUGCCAAUUUAUCAGCUCAAGAAGCUAAAACAAGACGAAUGAUAUGGUGGUGCUGCUACUGCUUUGACAUGGAAAUUUGUUUUAGAAGUGGAAAACCCCCUCUCAUAAAUGGAUUAGAUAUUAGUGUUGGUUCAGAAAAUGACUUCUUGUCUUGUUCUGAUGCAAGGACCCACAAAGAUCAAAAGCUUAAUGGUUUCGAUCAGACUGAAAAGUUCAUUUCUCUAGUCUAUUAUCAUUUCUUGUUAUUGACAAGAAUUAGAGCUAAAAGUUACAACAGUUUAUUUGUCGCGUCCGCCGGGACAGAGUCGUUUGAAAGUCUACUGGUGACAUUGGCUGCGCUUAAUAGGGAGACAUUCAAAUUGGCUGAUCUGAUGGAUCCAAUAUUGAAACCAAGAUUCUAUAAUGACCCGGAAUUUUGUAAUGUAUAUUCAUCUGAUUCCCGACAUACAAAGAAUAUUUUAUGUAUUCAUUUCACAUAUUUUUCGCACUUGAUGGUUACAAACAGAAUUCCAUUUUUGAUUGGUAUACCAGAUAGUGAACAAAAUGAUGAAAGAAGUCUCUCAUUUCGGAAUAUAUUUCUUGAUAGUGCUAGAACAAUUCUUGCAAUGGCUAAGAAUAUGCCACGUGAAAGUACCGGUCUUUCGUUUUAUAACUGGGUUGUCUUCUUUCCUUCUGCGGCAUUCAUGAGUUUGCUGGCGGCUUGUAUUAACCAUCCGACUGCCCCAGGGACUUAUGAUGAUAUCAAGCUCUUAGCAGACAGUUGUAUGAAUUUCUUUUCACAUAAGAAGACUUGGCCUGUAGAAGGAUUUAGCAGAUUCAAAGUAUACCAAUCUAAGGAGGCAACGGUUGACUUAAUAAUUAAAGUAUUAUUGAAAAUUGUGAUAAGAGUUUUUGAGACUAAGACGGGCAUACCGGUUUUAGCAAACAAUAAGUUGUUGAAAGAGCAUUUAGAGAGCACGGAGAAACAAUUCCCUGAUAUAUUUAAAGAAACUGGCGAUUUUAUCUCUCAGUUUGCAACAUCAAUGAAAAGUUCAUCAUUUGGCACACAAGGGUUUGUGGCAGUCUGUGGAACGUCUCCAUUCCCAUCAAAAAAUAAGUAUGACAAGAGCCCUAAGGAUGCGUCUUAUAAUGGCGAAUCUAACCAAGAUUUAACUGGGAAAGAGCGGAGCAACGGCCAAAAUUACGAGCUUUCAAACAAUAUGAGUCCAGGCUUUUCAAAUAUGUUACACCCAUCCGUUAAUGCAAACGAUUUUUUCAUGAAUGAUGACUUAAUUUCAGACUAUCUUAAUGAUGAUGGUCUUACGUCCAUUAUUAAUUCCCAGAUGAACAAUCUACCUAAUUUUUUCUUCGAUAAUAAUUUGGGUCUCUAA